AAGUAAAUAAACUUAUAAGUUGUAUUUAUAGGUCAGAAUAUAUAAAAGUGAAAAGAAAAAAUAUUAUUAAAAAAAAAAGAAAAAGUAUUAUUUUUUAUUAUGUAUGAGAGUGCGUCACUUCUUCUACCAGAUAUGUAUAUAUAUAUAUAUAGGGCUGUUUUUAUAUUUUAUAUAUAUUAUAUUAUAUCAAACAAAAAAAAAACAAAAAAGAAAAAUGGCCACAAUGACCGGUGCCGGAGAAGAAGGCAAAGCCACCCAUAUCUUAAUCUUCCCAUUCCCAGCACAAGGCCACAUGUUACCAAUCCUAGACUUUACACACCAGAUCCUUACCCAAAACCCAGAUCUCAUCACCAUCACCAUUCUCGUAACCCCAAAAAACCUCUCUCUUCUCAACCCACUCCUCUCUCUCCAUCCUUCCAUUCAAACCCUCGUCCUCCCUUUCCCAUCUCACCCUUCCAUUCCCCAUGGAGUUGAGAAUCUCAAGGACUUACCCGCCACCUCAUUCCGUUUCGUAAUUCCCGCCAUCACUCGACUUCGAGAACCGCUUACUCACUGGUUCAAAACCCACCCUUCGCCGCCUACCGCCAUUGUUUCCGACAUGUUCUUGGGUUGGACACACUACCUCGCCGUCGAACUCGGUAUUCGUCGGAUUACCUUCUCUCCUUCCGGCGCUUUUGCCUUGGCCGUCAUUCAAUCUUUGUGGCGAGAUAUGCCGAAACGAUCGGACGGUCAGGAUGAAGUCUUUGAGUUUCCUGAGAUUGCGAAUUGUCCAAAAUACCCUUGGUGGAAAUUGUCUUCUCUGUACAGAUCUUACGUUGAGGGAGACCCAGAUUCGGAAAUUGUUAGGGAGUCUUUUAUUGGGAAUCGGUUGAGUUGGGGACUCGUUGUUAACUCGUUUACCGAGUUGGAAUCGGUUUAUCUUGAUUACUUGAAGAAAGAUUCAGGCCAUGAUCGUGUUUGGGCUGUUGGGCCUAUACGGCCCAUGUUAGAUGAUCCAAAUGGGCCCACUACUAGAGGUGGGUCCAACUCGGUCUCUCCUGACCAUAUAUUGUCAUGGCUUGAUAAGUGUGAUGAGAAUAAGGUUGUGUAUGUGUGUUUUGGUAGUCAAGUUGUGUUGAGAAAUGAUCAAAUGGAAGAGUUAGCUAAGGGUUUGGAGAGAAGUGGGGUCCAUUUUGUGUGGUCGGUUAAGGUGCCAACUGGAUCACAAGUGGACGGUGAUUACGGAAAGGUUCCGAUCGGGUUCGAAAAUCGAGUGGGUGAAAGGGGUUUGGUGAUUAAAGGGUGGGCCCCACAAGUUUCGAUACUUCGGCAUCGGGCCGUGGGCGCUUUUUUGACUCAUUGUGGUUGGAACUCGGUGUUGGAAGGUAUCGCGGCAGGAGUACUAAUGCUGACGUGGCCCAUGCAGGCCGACCAAUACGCUAAUGCCACGUUGUUGGUGGACACCUUGGAAGUGGGAAAGAGCGCGUGCGAAGGUGAUCGAAUUGUUCCCGAUUCGGUUGAGUUGGCUCGAGUUUUUGCAGAAUCGGUUGGUGAGGAAAACCGAGCCCGAAGACGUCGAGUUGAAGAGUUAUGUGGAGCGGCGAACCGAGCUACUAUGGAAGGUGGUAGUUCUUAUAAGGAUUUGGAAUCAUUAGUUGCCCAUUUGAAAGUCACAACCAUUUAGUAAAGAAGUUUCUUAUUUUGCUUGGUAAUGUUGUAAUAAAGCUAGUUUGGCUAAAUCAUGUGACCAUUUCUAAUAGUGUGCUAAAAAUGUGUGUUGUAUUGCUAUAUUUGAGUAAUUUUUAAUAAAUGAUUGGUUAUAAGA